ACUUUUCUUUGUCCUUUACUCAUUUUAAGAAAGACGAACAUCAUGUACAAGUUGAAGGUUUUUAUGAGCAUGUGCUAGUUGCUCACAGUUUCACAAAAAUCUUUUUUAAAAGAAUUUCCAACAGCAUAUAAUGGCAUUACAGGAAAAGCAAAGGAAUGUUGAUAUUUUCACCAUUCCUCCUGAAUCGGCAGGACAAAAGAUACCGGAAACCAACAACAUGUUCUGGCACAUUGACAAAGAAAUGAUUCGCUUUAAAAUGCACUUCUUUUUAUUCGAAGCUUCUUUAGGUUGUUCAUUGCCAUAUAUCACUAUCUUUGCUAAAAACAGAAUUGGAAUCUCCGCUUCUUCUCUGGCUGUGAUUUUAAUCACUCAACAAUUUCUGUUCAUUUUCACCAAACCGGCCUUAGGUUAUAUUGCGGACUACUUUAACAAGUUGAAAGUCAUUAUCUGUAUUCUGUCAAUAGUUCAGACUGUUUUCUUUUUAUUGCUUUUGACAAUUCCAAAAAUCCAAAAAGAAGAAAGAGGAAUGACAGAGAACAAUGACACAUUUUUCUUAUUCUCCGGCGGAAGCGUAAACAUUUCACAAUUAUAUAUGAAUUGUGCGUCAAAGGAAGAUGCACGCCCUUUCUCAAGUGUUUUGUAUUUCAACAACUUAGAAGGUAAUAACUUUUGCUUUCUUUCAUUAGAUAAUUUGUCUAAUGAUCCUGAUGAAUGUUCCUGCCAAGAUUUGAAAACAAAAAAUAUCAGCGAAAUUCUAAUAAUAAAUAAUAGUAUCAAAAAUUCACUGUUCCCAAAGGGAAGCGUAAAUAGCUCUUCCUUGUCAAGUGCAUUUUAUCCUUAUUUGAUGUCGACAUGCAGAAUAUGCUGUAAAUUCACAAGAAAAUGCCAACAAAUCGAAUGUGAGAUUCCAAAGAAAAUUUCAGAGAAAGCUACGUCAAAGAUCAAGAAUGUAAGAGAUUUUGAACGCUACCAGUUUUGGCUCUAUGCACUGUUUACCACCUUUGCUAUGGGAUGCACAAAUGGUCUUUUUACACUUUCUGAUACAGCAUGUUGUGAAAGUGUUCAAAAAACUGGUGCUCAGUUUGGUCGUCAGAGAUUGUAUGGUGCAAUCGGCUGGGGACUGAUGUCUCCUGUUGGAGGGCUUCUCCAUGAUUAUACAAAUAACUUCACGGCUGCAUGGAUUCUCACUGCAGUUAUGUCAUUUGUAUCUUUAUUGAACAUACUUAGACUGGAUUUAGUGAAGCCUAAGUUUUCAAAGAACCUUUUGAAAGAUAUCGGUGGUGUUUUAAAGUCAAAGGAAUUCUUAGCUUAUAAACUUUGUGUGUUUUUCAACGGUAUUGGCGCAGGCGUUGUAUGGUUCUACUUAGUAUGGUACUUGACAACGAUUAAUGGAAGUCGUUUCCUUUGCGGCAUGGUCCAGUUUGUGCAGUGCUUCGUGGGAGAAAUCCCCUUCAUGUUCUUUUCAGGUUGGGUUAUAAAGAAGAUUGGGCAUUUCAAUGUCUUAACUUUGGCUCUGAUGUCAUAUGGCAUCCGCUUCUUUUGGUACAGCAAUUUGAGUAACCCAUGGCUUGUUCUUCCGGUGGAAGUUCUUCAUGGAUUCACCUAUGGAAUAUUUUAUACUUCUGUGGCAUCUUACGCAAAGCUCAGCGCUAAGCCUGGAACUGAAGCUACAACUCAAGCUCUUCUGUUUACAGCUCACGAAGGAUUAGGUGCUGGAAUUGGAUGCGUGGUUGCCGGAUUAGGGUUUGACAAUUUGGGAGGUCACAGUACUUUCUUCUUCUUAAGCAUCUUUGCUAGUUGCAGCAUGAUUUUUAGCAUCAUUCUGCAUUUCUGCAUCCGGGGACGAAAAGGCAGCUUUGAUGUGACGCCAUUGCAGAGCCCGUGAUUCCUCGGGAAAAUAUUUGAUUUAAACACUAAAGUUUUUAUAUGAAUAUUAGAUAACCACUGAUGCUGAAAUAUCUGCUUUCAAAAAAGUUUUCUACGUGCAUAUAAAUUGGUGAAUAAUUCAUAACGCAUUCAUUCAUUUUCAUUUCAAUUUCUUUACUGUACAGAUGAAAAUUUGCAACUGCAUUUUGAUAUUUCGGCAACAGUAUUAUCGAUGUUCAGUAAAAAAAUAUGAGUUUAUUUUGAGUAUUUGUCAUUAUUUCUGUCUAAAAUGCCAUAACAAUAAUAAUUUAGCUUUUCUUUUUGAUUCAACGAAUUAUUGACGAUAUAAAAUGUAUAUGACAUUAUACAUCAAACUAAACCAUUCUUUAAAAAGUUAAAAAAAAAUUUCAAUUGGAAAAUUCAUUUAUGAACAGGAUAAAUUGCAACGACAGAUUCAAAUGUGAAAAAUAAAUAACAUCUUAAAUAUAUAAGUUCAUAAAUAACAUCUUAAACAUAUUCAUCUAAAUCAAAUUGAUUAUUAUUAUAAAAAUUUGUUAUGGAGCAGUGAGACAUUUUAUAUAUCAUGUUGCCUAAGAAUAGCGCAAUAAGGCUGAUGGAAGAAUAAUUUUUCAACAUAGAAUGCAAAAAAUGAGUGAAGAAUAUUAAAAAUUGCAGCACAUAAAGUCGGGUAUUAAUGGAUUUAUUGCAACGUUAAUUACGAACAGAGUACCUCACUUGAAAGUUAUAAAUAAGAUAAACCAUCCUUUUUUUUUAAAUCCUAAACAUCCAGAAUGAGAAACAAAAUAUCUACGCUCGAUUAUUAAACAUCUAUGGGGUUCUAUGUAGUAUUUCGGAGAUGUAGCGCCCGGUACGCCGUACAUUCUGCCCGAUGUACUUAAAAUAUUUGUUUGAAAUGCUUGAAUAAAUACAGAAAUAUUUAUGCCACUUUUCUACUCUUCACUUUGUAUAGUAAUUAGUAGAUAUGACAGAUCAUGAAUACUUGUAAUUAGCAUGGAAUUUUAUUUUUUAGAUAUUUAUUGCUGAAAUUGCAUUUAAUAUUUUUAUUGCAGUACUCAGUUACUUUAGCUGGAGAUAAGCAUUGGUUUCAGACACUCUUAUAAAGAUCGUUCUUCAAAUAAAAGUCAUUUAUGCCUGAAGCUUUUCUUCAUCUGUUUUUGAUGAUCUUCCUAUAAACGUUCUUCGAAACCUUUUUAUUUGUCUCUGAUAUCUUUCAUCGUCAGUUUUAGAUGCCUAAACGGUGGUAGAUCAUUGAACGUAGUCAUUUUUCGUUAUUAAUGUAAUUCUUUACUUUCAUUUUUUCAUUUCAUUCCGUUUCUUUGAAUGGAUCUCCUUUUUCUUGGUAGAGCUGGAAUAUUUUAUAGAUAUGAAUGAUUUUUUUAAAUAGUGAGAAAUCAAAAACUUACUUAUCUUUAUUUAAAUUGUGGAGAUAGAUAUAUAUUUGCACUAUUUACCUUUUUACUAUUUUGGGGCUACGUAUCUACACACAAUACUAUGACCUUACAAUA